AUGGCAAUUGACUGGGACAAAGAUGCACACAUUCUAUUGCCAUCUCUUCCCCCACCAAAAGAUAAUGAAAAAUUGGUACCCCCGUUUAUAGGAAGUACACCAGCAAAAGGAACUGAUCAAAGUCGGAGUCCACAUACAACACACACAAGUGACUCAUUUGAAGGGAAAACAGAACAAAAGAAAACGGGGAGGUACGUCAAAGCGAAUAAAAAGAAGAGUAACGCCCUCCCACCAAUUGAAGACAAAAAGCCGAGAAAGAGAAGUAAUAAGAUCUACACAAAAGACCAAAAGGAACAACUUCGAGACUUGUUCAUGGAACAUGGGGAUGCGUGGAAGAUGGGGAGGUACUCGAACGAGACUGGAAUCAAAGAAGACUACUGUCGAAGACUUGUCGGGUCGAUCAAAAAGGGUGCCGACAUCACGAACAAAAAGAAGCGAGGACCCCCGCCAAAGCACUCCUUGGAGUUGUUAAAAGAAAUUGUGGACGUCGUGAAAGUGAAAGGGAAGAGCACGAGAGAAGCGUCGAAGCAACUGAAAGUGUCCCCGUCGUCGAUAUGUCGUUAUAUGAAGAGCUUAGAAGCACAAGAGAUGAUAGAAGAAACACAACACAAGCAAGAGAAGAAGGAGGGGGGUGUGCAAGAGAGUGUUCUGCAUAUCGACCACUCCAUCGGUUCAAUCAAGAAAGAGAGGAUUGAGCCUUCUUCAAGCAAAGAGUGA